CCACACCUCACCCACCAUGGCACUCUCGAGCCACGUCAACGCCGACGAGCUGAUGAAGGCGGCCGAGGACCACCCGCACCUCUCGUUGCUCAAGCGCGCCGGCGGCGGCAGCAAGCGCCAUGCCUUCCACACGUCGCACUACGGCCGCUACCAGACCGAGCCGAUUCCCAAGUACUCGCUGCCCUCCAAGGGCAUCAACGCCGAUGCCGCAUACAACCUGAUCAACGACGAGCUCAGCCUCGACGGCCGCCCGGCGCUCAACCUGGCCUCCUUUGUGCACACCAACAUGCUGCCGCAGGCGCACCAGCUCAUGACUGAGAACGUCAGCAUCAACCUGUGCGACCAGGACGAGUACCCCGCGACCAUGGCCAUCCACGGCCGCUGCGUCAGCAUGAUUGCCGACAUGUGGCACGCGCCGUCGGAGACCAACGAGCAGGGCGAGCGCCAGCCGGCACAGGGUGUCGCCACGACGGGCUCGAGCGAGGCACUCAUGCUGGCGGCGCUGGCUAUGAAGAAGGUCUGGCAGCACAAGCGCAAGGACGCGGGCAAGAGCUUCAAGGAGCCCGGCCCGAACCUGGUCUUCGGCGCCAACGCGCAAGUCUGCAUUGAGAAGGCCGCUCGCUACUUCGACAUUGAGGAGCGCCUGGUGCCGACGAGCAAGGAGAGCAAGUACCGCCUCGACCCGAAGAAGGCCAUCGAGAUGUGCGACGAGAACACCAUUGGCGUGGUGGUGAUCCUCGGCUCGACGUACACGGGCCACUACGAGCCCGUCGAGGAGAUGAGCAAGCUGCUGGACGAGUACGAGCAGCGCACUGGCCAGCACAUUCCGAUCCACGUCGAUGCUGCUUCGGGCGGCUUUGUUGCGCCCUUUGCGCACCCCUCGCUCAAGUGGGACUUCUCGAUUCCCCGCGUCGUCUCGAUCAACACGUCCGGCCACAAGUUCGGCGGCGUGUACCCGGGCAUCGGCUGGGUUGUGUUCCGCAACUCGGCCGUGCUGCCGCGUGAGCUGGUGUUCGAGCUGCACUACCUCGGCUCCGUCGAGUACAGCUUCGGCCUCAACUUCUCGCGCCCGGCCGCGCAGGUCAUCGCGCAGUACUUCAACCUCAUCCAGCGCGGCUUCCAGGGCUACCGGGAUGUCAUGGAGCAGGACCUCAAGAACGCGCGUCUGCUGUCGCGCGCGCUCGAGAUGUCGGGCUACUACGAGGUGCUCUCGGAGAUCCACCGGCCGGUCGGCGGCGGUGCGCUCAAGGAGGGCGCCGAGGAGUACAGCGCCGAGGACUUUGAGCCGGGCCUGCCCGUCGUGGCGUUCCGCUGGACGGACGAGCUCAAGGAGAAGAACCCGCACCUCGAGCAGAAGUGGAUGCAGACGCUGCUGCGCGUCAAGGGCUGGAUCGUGCCCAACUACGAGCUGGCGCCCGACUGCCAGGGCACCGAGAUUCUGCGCGUCGUCGUGCGCGAGCAGGCGUCGGAGGACUUCAUUGACCAGCUGGUGCACGACAUCCUCUCCGUGACGGAGGACCUGCUCGACCGCGGCUCGUCGGCACAGCACCUCGCCAUGCUGGCGCACAAGGAGCCGCAGCAGGACUCGUCGAGCGGCAGCGGCCACGGCAAGCACCGCCACCACAACCUCAGCAAGGCGCCGCACAAGCCGCCGCACGGCUCGGGCCACAAGGCGACGGGCUACUCGAAGCAGUGCUAGAGCGGCAGCCGACCUUGCAUACCACCGGGCUCCUUGAGCUCAAACGCACAUCUCUGUUCACUCGUAAUGAAGCCUUGACGCCGCACGCCCCCAAGCCUGACCGCUCAUGCGAGAUCGUUCAGCUCCUGCGAACGCACCUGCACGCUGCAUGCAAGCGGCUGUCUCACGCGGCCGCCUCGGAACUCCGUCGACUGCAGAUCAUCAGCCAGCCACCAGCGUCAGCUCGAGGCCCUUGGCUUUGACAGCUGUCCCGGACACAUUGCCGCUAACGUCAGG